AUGGUUUUUACAAUCAAUUAUCUCUCCAUUGCAAACGACAGCGGGUCCACCCCUGAGGGGAUGGCGCUCAUCGCCGACACCCAUGGAAAUACGUGGUUCUAUAUGAUGUUUGCUGCUGAUGUUCUUGUCGGUGUUUUCUGCCUUCAGUUAUUAUACACCUUCAAAGUUCUUGUCACUCUCGCGAGCAUCGAAACCCCUCCAGCAAUCUCCCUCCCGCUCAACACCGACAAUCGCAAGGCUUCAGACGUGCUAGGUAUCAAUGAGAGACAACAAUAUGUCACCAGCAGCAUGCGUGGGACCAUUAAGCACCUGCGUACACAGGCGGGAUUCUUCAGUGCGUGGAGGGGCUACUGUGCAAGUUUCGUAUAUUACUUUGCGACGGGUUCGGUUGCAAAUAUCCUUCAUAGUUUUCUGGGGACGUCCCUGCCGGCGAGUCUAGUUAUCGGCGUAUUGAGUAUAUUGUUUUUUGCUAGGUUUUCGUUGGCUGUGACACAUAUUAUUAUCUCCCGCCCCCAGCCUACAUGGUGGUUUAAGCGUGUCCUUGCCACACCAUGGUCCAGUGCACGCCAAACGCUGCCCGCAAUGGCUCACUUUGCUCUCGCCCAGUGGGCAUCGUAUAAAUUGCUUGCUAUUGCGUCAAGCGGCGAGUCUAGUCUCCCGAUUAGAGUGUCGAUGUUUCUGCUGAGCUUUGUUGUGAACCUAUUUGUUGUGCUGCCGUUGUGGGUUGUAUUGGUAAGAGUGCAGGCAUCGCUGCUUCCUGAUACCGAAGAGGCGAUUGUUAGCUUUGAUAGGACGUUUGGAAAAGAGGUGACUGGUGCGUUGAGCUUCAAGGAGGCGGCCAGAAGUUUCAAGUGUAAGGGAUGGCAGAGAAUAAUGAUGUUGGUGGGGAAAAUGGUGGUAAUUAUCGCUAGUAUUGCGGCAGUGAUGGCGUUGGCUCGCUUUGCUUUUCUAAGUUUUUUUAUUAGGGAUGCAGCUCUUCAGUAG